UGAUUGUGUGUACUUGUCCAAUCCACAUCGAAAAUUGAAUCAGUUUAAUAAAUAAAGCGACUGAUGUUACGUAUUGUGUCCAAUUUGCGUAACAGUUAAUAAAUGAGCCCAACUUAAUAUUCAGUUAUCGAUGCAACAGUUUUUGAAGCUGUUGUAUGUAUUAUUUAAAUCGUGUAAAUUUUUUGUUUGUAAAAAAAUAUCUAUAAAACUUUUAUAACAACUUGUGUUGUUGUAUUAAAAGUUAUAAUGUCGACUUACAAUGAUUAUUAUGAUGGCAGCAACUUUUUUCUAUUCUUAUCCAAUAAAAUUGGACUUCCCAUUGAUCUGGUAAAUUUUUUGAUUGCACAAAUGGCUGCACUAUGUGUGGCCAGGUUUUUUAGAAAACCGCUAAAGUUAGCUUCACCAGAAUUUCGGCAUUCAUUGUGCCUUGUUAUAGGGUUGUUAAUGGGAUAUUUCUGCUUUGGAAAACAAGCAGUUCAUUUAUCCGUGCUACCUAUGCUGAGUUAUACAUUGCUUAAGACUGUACCGCAACAUAUUAUGGGGAAUAUAAUUCUGGCUGCCUCAAUGCUCUAUUUAUCAUGUCUCCAUUUGCAUCGACAAAUAUACCACACAGCGAAUUAUAGUUUAGAUAUUACAGGUCCUCUAAUGGUAAUCACUCAAAGGGUCACAUCUUUAGCAUAUUCGUUACAAGAUAGUUACACGAAAAAGGAAGUAAAUGCAAAUACGAGUAAGAAUUCUGACAGCGAAUGUAGAAUCGAAAAGAUACCGUCUCCCCUAGAAUACUUCGCUUACACUUUAGCAUUCCAAACGUUAAUGUGUGGACCAGUCGUGUUUUAUUCAGAUUACAUUAGCUUCAUUGAAGGUGAUCAACUUAACAAAGAAGACGAAGGUAAAGUAAUCGAAAACGAUCCGUCACCUCGUCUGGCUGUCCUAUACAAGGUCGCUGGAUCUGUGGCUGCAGCUUUACUGUACUUGUCUCUGGCGGAGAAAUAUCCCAUAAGUGUACUAGAAGAGUUACAAGAUCCAACGUCUGAAGUUUCUAGAACGUGGUCCGCUUUAUACCUCUUGUGGUAUGCGUAUCUGUCUACCCUCGUGGUGAGGUGCAAGUACUAUCACGCCUGGUUGUUGUCUGAAGCGAUAUGUAACAAUUCGGGGAUGGGCUUCAAUGGCUAUGAUAAUAACGGUUCUCCGAAAUGGGAUAAGAUGUCCAAUAUAGAUGUUUUUGGAUUCGAGUUCGCGCAGAACUUCCGCGCGGCGGUGGCGAGCUGGAACAAGAACACGAACGCGUGGCUGCGCUGCGCGGCGUACGAGCGCGGCGGCGCGGCGGGGCGCACGGCGCGCGUGUACGCGUUGUCGGCGCUGUGGCACGGCUUCCACCCCGGCUACUACCUCACCUUCUUCGCGGGCGGCCUCUUCACCGUCGCCGCUAAGAAGAUACGCGCAUUUGCACGUCCGAUGUUCUUAAAAAGUCGCCCGAAGAAACUUCUUUACGACGCACUAACAUUUAUAACCACUAGGGUUGCGAUGACGUACACGACCGUCCCCUUUGUGCUGUUACAUCUGUCGCCCAGUCUCGCGUUUUAUGGGAAAUUUUACUACUCCCUACAUUUCAUUGCUUUGGGAGCAAUGUUUUUACCAGCUAAGACGAAAUCACAGGUGCCUUCUCUAAACUCUUCAGAGCUUCUUAUCACGUCUUCCAAGUUCACAAAAGAUAUUCCAGCUAGUGGAAAAAAUAUAGAAGCAAAUGGAAAACUAAAAAUAUCUUAACUUUGACAAAACUCUUGCAGUGUUAUUACAAAUAUGUGGUUAUGUUUAAAAUAUCAAUACAAUAAGCAUUUAUGUAUGGGCACAAGAAGGAGCAUUAAGUAUUCAUUAUUAUUUCUAUAACAGACAACUAUUUAUAAUGUUGUUAUUCAAUUAAUAAUUAAUAAUUUAGUUUUUCUUUAAUAACUAGUAAGACAACAAAUAUAUUUAUUUUAUUGCUGAAAUUUCUAGAAGUUUAUUGCAGUUGAAUAGUUUAUGUUCAUGUGUUUGUUAUUUAUUUUAUUUUAUCAUUAGUUUAAUUAUGUAGUGAAACUAUAACUAACUACCAAUUACUACCUUAUUUGCAGUAUUUUCUAUGGUUGUCUCAGAUAAACAAUUUAAUAUAAGUUACAUAUUUAAAACCGCAGUUUAGGUCCCGCUGUGCUGCCUAUUUAAAGAUAUUUACUAUGGUUUAUAUUUUUGUUAGAAAUUAUCAAUAAUGACUUGCAUUGGUUUAAUGAAAGUAAAAUCUAACAAAUACUAGCAAGUGAAUGUUUUGUUUAUGAAGGAUUUCCUACAAACAAACCAAACAUGUCAAAUUACCACUUUUGACACUUGUAAAAUUAAUUAAACUAUUUUAUUUCAACUUUUUAAAUGUUUAUGAAGUUAUGAUAAUGAAAAAAAAGGUUUUAAAUUUUGUGACAAGCUUAAAAAUACAGAAUACAGACAAAUAAGACUGUGAAACUUGCUUAAGUAAUAAAACGACAUUUAGUUCCUGUAUUUAGAACCCUACAAUCAAUCAUUCCCCAGUAAAUAAAUACUAUAAAUUAUAUUUACAAGAGCCAUUGA